UUAUCUUCAUAAAAUUACACUACAUGAGGUAGAUCCUCGAACAAAUAUCGCAGCAACUAAGAAGAUCCUCAAAUAUCCCGAUAUCAACCUUUUUCUUCCUAUGUAUAUCCUCUCCAAAUCACCCUAUUUCUUUCAUAAAAUUAUUUUUUCCCAUUACUUUACAAUUCCUUGUAUUAAUCAUCAACUAUUUUGUUAUUCACAUUUAAUUUUUAUAUGGCUUGGGUUUUUAUGUUGUGCUGUUAACAUUGUUCACCUAUGUCUCCUUGAAAAUAAAACCAACAUUUAGUUCCAUUUUAGAAGGCUUUUUGUUCUUUUAUGCCUUUUCGAUGAGAAAAUACUAAAAAUCGGCGGGCAAAAACAAAACAGCUUGGCUUGCGUUUUUAAAAAAAUGUUGCUGAGCAAAAUUCUCAACCUACUUGAAAAUUUAGCAGGGCCGUCACAUA